AUAACAGCUAUCUUGUUCGCUUCCUGUGGCAAUCACUGAACAGCGAAUUGCAAAUAAAUACUGAAUUCAAAUACUGACACACUAUUAUUUCUAGAUCAAUGUCAUGCCUUGGGAAGGUCGUGGUUAUUUGGCCCAUUUUCAUUAAUAAAUGUUAAUAUUAUAUUAAACAGCGGUGACUCAAAAGUCUUCAUUAUAAAACCCCGCGAAUUAUUAAAAGUGCCACUUUAUAGUGUACUGUGGUCUGGUGCCGUUAGCAGAAUUUAAUUAGUAUAAAAUGCGGGCAAUUCGCAUAUGUUUGUUGUACAUUGUAUUUCAAGUAAUAGUUUUUCAAGAAGUACACGGUGCCAAGGGCCAUCCCUGGAUAAGAACAACUGAUGAGCUGGAAAACCACAUAAGCCCUGAAGAUUUGCAAGAGUUUUUGAAUACGCAUUCUGGGACUACUACAAGUGGAUAUGCUACAACUUCCAAUCUAGAUUACGCUGAUGCUUUUCAGGAAACCACCACACGAAGUUCAGUUCCAGAAGUGGUGGAUUGCUUUGGCUUGGGCUCUUUGACUAAUAGUCUACCAUGGCUUUUCAAUAUGAAACCCGAUACCGCCGAGAAAGUGAACACACAUUUUUACAUGUCUUCGCGAGAUAAAAACUACAGAGUACAGGUGUAUCCAGGUAAACAAUUCGGUCUCGAAUGGGUAGACUUUAAAGCCUCCAGGAAAACGAUAAUGAUUGUACAUGGUUUCAUGAGCCAUAGCAACGCCUCUUGGGUCACGGACAUGGCUAGAGCUUUAUUGGACUGGGGAGACGUAAAUGUCAUCGCGGUAGAUUGGAGUGGAGGAGGAAAUACUUGGAAAUACUGGAGGGCAGUCGCAAACACUCGACAAGUGGGCUCUGACAUCAUUGGGUUUCUGCGGCAGUUAAUGAACGCCACGGGUGCAAAGGUCAAAGAUUUCCACUUUAUCGGUCAUAGUUUGGGCGCUCACAUUGUCUCCUAUGUUUCUUUUCACUUGGGCGGUGUCGGAAGAAUUACAGGGUUGGACCCAGCGCAGCCGUGCUUCCGCACGUCAAAUCUAGUUGAACGCUUGGAUGCAAAUGAUGCAGAUUUCGUCGAUGUUAUCCAUACUAACGGCCGUUUAUUGACUAAGAUUGGAUUUGGACUACCUGAUCCCAUUGGUACCGCAGAUUUCUAUCCUAACGGUGGUAUGAAGCAACCAGGUUGUGUUAAUAGCUCCAAUUCGAUUUGGGCUCAAGUGUUGCCCUCUUCUGUUUCAGGGCUGCAGCAGGCUAUUUGUAGCCAUGGCCGCGCGUAUCUACUGUUCACCGAGUCACUGAUUACGAGAAGUAAUUGCACAUUCAGGGCCCAUCGGUGGAAUUUAACUUAUGAAGGGGUAAAUACUAGUCUGGAGGCGGCAUGCGAUAGGCAAGGAUCCUGUGCAGAGAUGGGCGUCAGAGCAGUAGGAGGCAAUGGUUUGCCAAAAGCAAGCGGACCCUAUUUCGCGCUCACCACUGAAAAGCAACCUUAUUGUCCAACAGAAUUCGAGAGACAUCACCCGCGGGCAGACCUACUUCACGAUCUCCGCGAAGGUUUCAGGCUAGACCGGCACCACAGGACGACCACCAAGUUACCAGGCCAUGCUGACUCAAUGUUUAUGGAGUCUACUACAAAGAAAUAUGUUACGACCACGACGAAGAGUAGCUGGUUCGAUUGGUGGUUCGGAUAAAACUGUACAAGCAAGUAAAGCAAUAGCUACACGCUGAUCAAUUUAUUGUAUCAUCGUCGCUUUAUUCACAAAGAUAAUUGUGAUCUAUGAUUGAGUAAACGUAGUUCUAACUAUGGUUACUCAAUCAUAGACUUGUCUUUGUAAUUUUAGGUAAGUGUGUAUUUAAAAUUGAUGUGUCUCCGGCGCAGGAGAAAGCUACAGUAUCUAGAGUUUAAGAAAUAUCAUGACAAUAAUUGUUACGUUUAUCUCUGAGA